GCAACAUUGGACUGAGGUCAAACUUCAAACUCCAUCCAUCUUUCAAAAACAAGUUUAUCAUCUUUUGUGUUGGAAUUUAGUUUUGUAUCCUUAUAGCUUGUUACGUAUUAAGUUUAAUUGACUAGUUAUCGGUUAGUUCGAUUGUAGUACUAUUGGUUUCUGCAACAUUUAUUGUUUUUGACUCAAUUUUAUAUAUUAUCUUUUAAUUACGAUAAUUAUAAAGUAAGAUAAUUUUCGAUCAAAGUUCAAUAAAUCGGAGCCAGAUUUUCCAGUGUUUUCGCAGUAGUCGACGUCGACUGACUUAAGGCGCAAGAGGUAAUUAUACGAAAAAUUUCACGAUGGGUAGGAAAGUGUACGUUGUUGGUGUCGGAAUGACGAAGUUUGUCAAACCGAGCUCCGGUAAUGACUACCCGGAGAUGGGUAAAGAGGCAGUGCAGGCGGCACUGGCCGACGCUCGAAUCCCGUACGAAGUGGUACAGCAGGCUGUCUGCGGUUACGUGUUUGGCGACUCUACGUGCGGGCAGCGCGUGCUUUACCAAGUUGGCAUGACUGGCAUUCCCAUCUACAAUGUCAACAAUAACUGCUCCACCGGCUCCAACGCCCUUUUUAUCGCUAAACAGUUCAUAGAAGGUGGUGUAGCUGAUGUUGUGUUAGCAGUAGGCUUCGAAAAGAUGGCGCCAGGAGCUCUGGGCGGCAGCGGGUUCACAGACAGAACCAAUCCACUAGACAGACACACAUUAAAAAUGGCCGACAUGGUGGAGCUAGCAGCUGCACCCAUGACCGCUCAGUACUUUGGUAAUGCAGCAAUGGAGCACAUGAAGAAGUAUGGAACCACUGAAGUUCAUUUAGCUAAGAUAGCAGCCAAAAACCAUCGACAUGGAGCUAAAAAUCCAAGAGCACAAAAUGGCAGGGAAUACACUGUAGAGGAGGUCUUAAAAUCUAGAAAAAUCUAUGGACCACUAACCAAGUUGGAGUGCUGUCCGACCAGCGAUGGUGCUGGGGCAGCAGUUCUGAUGUCUGAGGAGGCUGUUAUCAAAUAUAGUCUGCAGAAGAAGGCUGUUGAGAUUAUCGGUAUGGAAAUGGCAACAGACACUGCUGCAGUUUUCAAGGAAAAUAGUCUGAUGAAAGUUGCAGGUUACGACAUGACUGCUUUUGCCGCAAAGCGACUGUAUGAAAAGACUGGUAUAUCACCAAAGCAAAUAGAUGUAGUAGAGCUCCAUGAUUGCUUUGCAGCCAAUGAAAUGAUCACAUAUGAAGGUCUGCAACUUUGUGGAGAAGGGGAGGCUGGCAAAUUUAUUGAUUCCGGAGAUAAUACUUAUGGGGGAAGAGUUGUGGUGAAUCCUAGUGGAGGAUUGAUUGCUAAGGGUCAUCCUUUAGGAGCCACUGGCCUGGCACAGUGUGCUGAGCUGGUGUGGCAACUUCGCGGAGAGGCUGAGGAUAGACAGGUGCCGCGAGCACGUAUCGCCUUGCAGCAUAACCUGGGACUGGGCGGCGCUGUCGUCAUCGCUAUGUACAGGAAGGGUUUCGAAAACGCCGGCCCCAACCCGGUGGCCGCCAUCGCUGAUAACCCUGAUGGCUUCAAGGUCUCCAAGUAUAUGAAGCUCCUCGAAGAAGCGAUGCAGACUGAUGAGGAGAAUCUUAUAGAAAAAGUCAGGGGAAUCUAUGGCUUUAAAGUACGCAACGGUCCUAAUGGCGCUGAAGGUUAUUGGGUUGUGAAUGCAAAAGACGGUAAAGGCAAAAUUACUUACAAUGGUAAAGAGAAACCUGACGUAACGUUUACGAUCAGCGAUGACGAUGUUGUAGAACUGAUAUCCGGUAAGUUGAACCCUCAGAAGGCAUUCUUCCAGGGGAAGAUCAAGAUCCAAGGUAACAUGGGUUUGGCUAUGAAGUUGACAGACUUGCAGCGCUCCGCCGCCAGUAGGAUCGAAACUAUUCGCUCGAAGCUAUAGACCGGUUAAAACCGGUUUAAACUGGUGGGUGCUUUGGGUUGUGGGAAUGCGUCGUAUGUUGACUUUUAUGUAUUUUAUACAAUCUCAACGCACUUAUAUAUUUCAGUAAUAAAGUUAUGGAUCGAUUUAUAUUAAUUUUAAAUGAUAUAAUUUAAUUAUGUUUAAUCAUUCCAGAGGGUUUAUAUGUAAUUGUUUAUUGUUAAUAAAUACUUUUAUA